UAAACGAUUCCAUCAACAGUUCGGUUAUCUUUAGUAUCCAAAUCAAAAUGUGCAGCUUCGUGAAGUCUUCCUGUUUCCUGCUGGUUCUGAUCCUGGCACUUGGAUCUAUUUCAGCCCAACCGGCCAGGUCAGCCAAGCGGCUACAGAAACAACAGGCAGCUCCCUACCCAUCCGCCGAGGAACUGAAGCCCGAGGUUCCGUUCGAAGAAGGAGUGCCCGAUCAGACCUAUGGACCUCCGGAUCUGACCUACGGACCUCCACCCACCGAUGCAGUGGAGCAGCUGCCCAGCGCUGAGGAGCCACAGGACUUCACACCCGAUCCGGAUGCAGAGGAGGUUCAGCCCAUUGAACAGGCGCCUGCUCGUCUGACCAAGCAGGCCAGGAGUCGUCCACAAUCACAGGGAUUAAUUCUGCUCUCCUCGAGUCCAUUCCAAGUUAUUAAUCCCAAUGGAAUCCCUGCUCCAGUGGCUAUUCAAGCCCUGUGGUAGAAACCCCAAAGAACAUGCUUGAUACUGAUUUUUAUAAACAUUAUAUUAAUUAUUGUCUUUUGUUAUCCGUUGAACCAUUAAAGAACAUUUGUUGUUGAU